CACCUUAGCAUGGGAGAUCACUCUUUGGCAGUGUCUCUGGAGUCUGAGUAGCGUCCCUUAUCCACGCACGUAAAUAGAUAUUGCGUUGAAACACAAGGAAAAGCGAAAUGGGCAAGCAAAGGCUCAGUUUAUGGUCAAUUCUUGCUAUUUUCAAUCCAGCUUCACUGAACGUGUACAGCUUAGCCGUGAUAGGAGUAAUGGUGAUACACCUGGUUAUCUGCCCAUACACUAAAGUUGAGGAAAGCUUUAAUCUUCAGGCAAUGCAUGACAUCCUUAAUCAUGGCGCCAGCAUACAACAGUAUGACCACCUAGAGUUUCCAGGAGUAGUGCCAAGGACAUUUCUGGGUCCUCUUGUCAUUUCAUUGACCACAUAUCCAGCUGCCUUCCUAGCCAGGUUAUUGUCAUUGAACAAAUUUGUGCAGCAGUAUCUAGGUUUCGAGGGGCUAGGAUUUUAUGUGGCAUCAGCAUUCCUUGGCUUUUGUCGUGCAGUCAGACUACGCUUUGGUGCUAGCGUGAUGCGUUGGCUGAUAGUUCUCAUGCUGACUCAGUUUCACUUUAUGUUUUAUCUCUCACGACCCCUUCCAAACAUCUUUGCGCUAGCACUUGUUCUAGUGGCACUAACCUACUGGCUACAUCAGCGCUACAGCUUGUUUGUCUGGACUGCUGGCGCAGCAGCAAUUAUCUUCCGUUUUGAAACUGUGAUUCUUCUAGGGCUUGUAGUGCUAGGAGAACUUCUUCAGGGAAAAUUUCAACGUGUACUGCAAAUGAGUCUUCAUGCUGUUGCAGCUGGGCUUUUCUGGCUGAGUCUAACAGUGCUGGUUGAUUCCUAUUUCUGGCAAAGAUGGCUCUGGCCAGAAGGAGAGGUGCUGUGGUUCAAUGUUUUUCUAAACAAAAGCUCAGAGUGGGGUACUUCACCUUUUUUGUGGUACUUUUACUCUGCACUUCCAAGAGCACUCCUAGGAGCAAUUCUGCUGUUGUUCUGGAGCUUUAUUGCAUCAAAGUCAGCACUGACAUUUUCCUUGCCUGCCAUCAUCUAUAUUUUCCUCUAUUCAUUUUUGCCCCACAAAGAACUUCGCUUCAUUAUUUACACAUUUCCAGUUCUUAACACUGCUGCAGCAUGUGGAGCACACAGUAUAUGGAGGAACCAAGGUAAAUCAGUCCUGUAUCGACUGGCUGGUUUUGCUCUUUUGGGACUGCUUGCAUUGAAUGCUGCAGUGUCUGGACUUUUCUUGUAUGUGUCAUACCUAAACUACCCUGGUGGAGUAGCUAUGGCAUCUCUUCACAAACUGGAGGGACAUCGUGAUGAUCUAAAUGUUCACAUUGAUGUUUAUACUGCACAGACAGGAGUGUCACGCUUUACUCAGUUAAAAGACACCUGGAGUUACAAUAAAACAGAGGACCUUACUCCUGGUGGGAAAGACAUGAUGACUUUCACCCAUUUGAUGAUUGGAGUUUUGUCUGACAAUCACUCAGAGCUAAGCCCUUAUUCUACAACUCACAAAGUUUUGACGACAACUUUUUCAUACAGUGGCAUGGGCUUUUCCUGGACCACAUUUCCUUUCAUUCAUGUCAGGACAAAGGAAACUUUGUGGAUUUUGAAAAGGAUUACUGAUGAAUCCUAACACUUAUUUGCAAGCGAUGCAAGAUGUUAUUAUUACAUUAUUACAUGUCAGCAACAAAUGAGCUUUACAUUCCAUGCUUUUUCUGAAAGUCACUCAGAUGUGGAAAAAGAGGUGCUUGUGAAGCCUGCAUAUUAGUGAGUUUCAUCUUAACGAUUCCUUGCUAUUGUGUCUGUUACAUACAUGUUUUAAAGAUGAACAGUUUUGGAGUUCUGCUAUUAAGAGGUGUAUAUCAUGUGAAAUAAUGGGUUAUAAAUUGUAAGUUUACUGGUGCAUAGAGGAUUACACUUCAUGAUAUCAUAAAAAAUUGUUUUGGAUGUAUUUUCUGAAAGUUUGUCAAAUAUGCAUCUGCACUUUCAUGAUGAUCGGUGAAAAAAAUUGGUAAAGCUGUGUGAAUAAUAUUUAAGAUAAGAGGAUUUACUUCACGAGUGGAACAAGGAUAUUUUUAAUAAUGCAUUAUAAAUAUAAA